AUGUAUUUUGGUAUUAAGCUUAAAGACGAGUGCCUGGGAAAUGAUGAGUCGUAUAACUUCAGCGUAGUGGGCGUGGGCGCUGGUGGAGGUGGGCGGGAGGUGGUAACGGAUCUACGGGCGUGGGUGCAGUAUGCAGUUGCCGUAAGAGCAUACAACGCCCACGGAGCCGGACCCGUGUCUCCGCCCGUCGUGGUCAGGACGUUGGAAGACGUACCCUCUUCUCCCCCCGUGGGCGUGGAGUGCAGCGGGGGAGCCGGAGGGACAUCGCUGUACGUGAGGUGGGCGCCGCCGCCGCCCGCCUUCCACAACGGCCUGCUGCAGGGCUACCGCCUCACCCUCACGCGCCUAGAUGACUCGACAGAGAAGGUGGAAGAGCUCAUCCGAAUGACGAGUGGGCGCGAGGAGAGCGUGGGCGGUCUGCGGGCGUGGUCAAAUUACACGGUGACGGUGGCGGCCGUGACAAGGGCGGGCGCGGGCGUGUCCUCGCCUGACCUUAUCUGCACCACGAGGGAGGAUGCUAGAAAUACGCGAAAUAAAAGACGAGGACGAGGCUUUGCUUUCCUUGUUGGCAGCGGCUGGCAGAUUAGGAGGACGCCACCAAUGUUUGGAGCAACAGCCUUAAAAGGGGCCACUACAGAUGAACAUGUAAAAAAGUAA